AUCGCCAAAACAGCUGGAGGCUUUUAAUUUCAAAACAAAAACACGCUGAUUUUCGUUUUUAUAUAAUUCCAGCUAGUAAUGGCACUUACAAAGGUCUACGAUGCGGCCACUGUGUUUAAGCACUUAAAUGGCAUCAUAAAUGUAUAUAAGCCGGCUGGUAUUAAGGUCAAGCACGUGCGCAACGCCAUUCUAAGCAACAUUUGCAAAGGACUUAAUGAACUCGAGCAGAGAGAACCACGUAGAUUACCGAAGAGCAGACUGCUUCUGGGCACUGGCACUGCCGCGGACACUGUCCUGCAUAAGAUAGCCAAAGAUACAGAUCUUUCGGAUCACAUACUAGCUGCUGGCCCAAGAUACAUGCCCGAUGACAUUCGCUGUGCCGCCGUCGCCUCACUUGGUAGGCACACAAGCGGCGUCUUGUUGCUCGGCCUGAACAAUGGACUGAAACAAUCGAGCCUCAUACAGCGCAAUCGGCCGGUGCGCGUCUACCAUGUGACCGCUCGCAUGGGUACCGCCACAGAGAAUCACUUGCCCGAUUCGCACGUCACGGUGCGCGCCAACAAUCGUCAUGUCACCGCAGAGCGCAUCAGCGGCUUGGCCUCUUCCAUGCAAGCCUCACACCAGCGCAAAAUGUACGAACUAUGCGGCGUCGAUCUACAAACGCAGGCGGCAUACGAGCUGGCCUGCAAGGGCCUUCUUCGGCCUGCAGACAACAGCCAACCGGUCGUCUAUGGCAUCAAGCUAAUACAUUUUGAACGGCCUCACUUUACGCUCGAGCUGCACACCAUCAACGAGAGCGAACAGUAUAUGGCGGCCCUGGUGCAUGACAUGGCCAUAGAGCUGCGCACGGUUGCGCACUGUUCGCAGCUGCGUUGCAUACGCCAUGCCCACUUCGAUGUGACGGACAGUCUGCUGAGGCAUGGCUGGCAUCUGCCGGGCAUCGUGAGAAAUAUGAGGCAACAGCGAGAUGUGCUUGAAGCUCAUCCGCAGUUGUUGGAGCAACAGCGCGUGGAUCUGCACGCUGCGCCACAAUAGGCUAUUAAGAGUAAAUUAAUUGUAAAAUAAUAUUUCUUAUAAGGAAA